AUGUCGAAAGAUCAGGCAAACCUUGGUAACUUCGCUGUUGUUGUUUUUGGGAAAGUAACACAAAACUCUGGAAAUGCCUAUAACGCAAACACCGGUAAAUUUACAGCGCCUGAAGAUGGUCUGUACUCAUUUAUGUGGACGAACGUGACAAAGGGUGGAAAACAAUUCCACACUGAAAUUGUUCUCAAUGGUAAACGUCUGGGUUAUAAUCAUGUCAAUGGUGAGUCAGGCAGUUCUCACAUGGCGUCCGGAACUUCAUCAGCUGUUAUAAAAAUGAAGAGGAAAGACGAAGUCUGGAUACGAACACAUGGAACAUAUGGAAAGUAUGCUUAUGCUGACUGGUCAUCAUUCACUGGAUUUAAAUUGUAA